AUGUUGCUGGUGUCACUGCUGCUGAUGGCGAUGGACUGCUGCCUUGGAGCGCCAGCCGGGAGAGAGGUGUACAGGAUGCCUCAGAGUGCUCUGAAAGCUCUAUCGGACCGGGGUACUGUGGUUCUGGAGGCGGCGUUGACCAGUGCUCUGUCGGCUCUGGAGCUGGCGACGUCGGAGCGGAGUCAGGCCGAGGCAGUCUGUAGAGACUGUGUACCCUGUCUCUUUCAGGACUGCGGACAGCGCUCCGCACCCUGCUCCUCUUUGGAUGGCACAUUGGCUGAGCCCAGCUGUGACGUCAUUACCAAGGCUCAGAAAGUUCCGGAGGAGGGCGAGCGGAGCUGGGCGCUGAGCCAGGCAUGUGGGUAUUACCGCCGGCGGUGCCUGCCGGGCGAAAAGGAGAAGGAGGCUUGUGUGAGGAUCAUGGGCGAGAGCUGCAGUGCCCGCGUGCUCCAGUGUAGCCUCCUGAACACCAUGCAGAACCUGGAGCCUGCCACACAGACACGCACACAGGCAGUGUGUGGCCAGAGGCUGUCGGCGGUGCAGAACGUGACCCAGCCCCGCUCCCGUAUUGUGGGGGGUUCCCCGGCCCUCCCUGGCAGCUGGCCCUGGCUGGUCAACCUGCAGCUGGACGGAGGGCUGAUGUGUGGAGGGGUGCUGGUGGACAGCUCCUGGGUGGUGACCGCCGCUCACUGCUUCGCUGGCAGCCGCAGUGAUAGCUACUGGACGGCUGUGGUGGGAGAGUUUGAUAUCACCAAGACCGACCCUGACGAGCAGGUGCUCAAGGUCAACCGCAUCAUCUCCCAUCCCAAGUUCAACCCCAAGACGUUUAACAACGACAUAGCGCUGGUGGAGCUGACAUCUCCGGUGGUCCUGUCGGACCGCGUGACCCCUGUGUGUCUGCCAUCAGGUCUGGAACCGCCUACUGGCAGCCCCUGUCUGGUGGCCGGCUGGGGCUCCCUCUACGAAGAUGGUCCUUCAGCUGACGUGGUGAUGGAGGCUAAGGUUCCUCUGCUGCCCCAGAGCACCUGCAAGAGCUCCCUGGGCAAGGAGCUGGUCACCAACACCAUGCUGUGUGCCGGGUACCUCUCUGGGGGCAUCGACUCCUGCCAGGGGGAUUCUGGAGGCCCUCUGAUCUACCAGGACCGUAUAUCAGGUCGCUUCCAGCUGCACGGCAUCACGUCCUGGGGAGACGGCUGUGGGGAAAAGGGGAAACCUGGGGUCUACACACGGGUCAGCGCCUUCUCCGAUUGGAUACUCGCUGAGAUACAGAAGUCCUUUGGGAGUCGGGAGCCGACGUGCCCUGAGUUGCUGAAGACAUCGGAGCUGUCGGAGGAGCAGCAGAGUUCGGAGUUUGUCUCUCUGUGUCGCUUCUACGCCCAGACCUGCCCCCCCAGCCAGGGGACCGCUGCCUGCAACCGCCUCGUAGAGGAGAAAUGUCGCAGCCGCUUCAAGAAGUGUCAGUUGCGUUCGUUCCUGCAGACCCUGCUGGACUUGCUCCAGAGAGCAGAGGACUAUAUCAGAGACAAGGUAGACCUGACCUUCUUCACCCAGACCCUGCCUCAACUGGUGGAACACAUCUACAGUACAGCCUUCACCGCCAAGGAGAGGGAGAGGAGGGAGAUCCCACAGGGAACAGAACAGGUAUGGGGUGCUGUCCGGUCAGGGUCAGAGGAAACUGGUCCUAGGUUGUUCCAGAAGGUAGGCCCCCUGGUGGCUGACUGGGAGAACUACCUCAGGGGCAUCGCUGUGGAGUUGGACACACAGACACACGGCUCCAAACCCCUGAGCCAAGAAGAGAGCCUUUUCCUUCAGGCAGAGGACCCCUCUCUGCAUCAGCUAGAGAGGAAGUACCAGACCAUCAUCUCAGCCUUACACUCCAAACUGGACUCCAGACCUGCUCCUCCAAUCUUGCACCUGAAUACAGACCUCCUCCAGGAAAACUCUCCCAACAUUCAUGCUGUUCCCACUGAAGAGUCGCCCUCCUCAUUUCCCCUUCAGGGGUCAGAGUCGCUCACAGCCCUCAUCAGUGAAAUCCGGAAAUUUGGGACACAGAAUGAAAUGGCGACAGAAGAUGCAGAAAUGAGUGUAACAUCGUUUGAAGAGGACACAUUUUCAGAUCCAACACCAGUCAGUUCAAUAGAGACUACUGAUUGGCUUAACAAAGCUGUGACUGAACAGACAACCUUACAGCGCCUGUUCCCGUCUCUGUCCACCAUCGGCAGCACCAUGUCUCCCAUAGCAAUGACCUUUGACUCCAGACAGACUCUACUUCCUGGUUCUCCCUCCCUCCAGCUGUCCCUCGACCACCGGAGACGCAGGAGUCUCCGCAAGAGGCAGAUCCCUGGGGUUAAAGCUUGUCCAGGAGUAGCAGAGUCCACCCAGCAAGUGAGUGGUAUCAGAGACACAUACAAGUGGAUCCUGGGCAUCCCCACCAAGAACCUCCACAUGAACUUCCAGGAGUUGCUGGUGGACCUGAGCUCUAAGAACGAUCGGGGUCUGUACGAGGCUCGGGUCAGGGCGGUGGUGGGGGGUCGACCUCUGACCUUCUACAGCCUGGUGGGUCUGGAGAAUGAGUCCUUCUACCGUAGCAUGCCGCGCAUCAUUGCUCUGGCUCUGGACGCUCUCAAAACGUAAACAGUAUCAACUUCAACAAAACGAACACACGUCAAAGACUCAGUGGCUCAGCGAAGGCAUGGUCUAGUCAGCUUGUGGUGCCAGAGACCAGAGAGGGGGAACGAGCCCCGUGGGACCUAGAAACUGGCGACUACUCAUUCAGAUGGGAGGCGAGAGGACAGGCACUGGGCAUUCUAGGAGACCUAAACAUUAGGAAUGUAACAAUUCAACAAUGCACAUCAGGUCCGGUUCAAAUGCUUAAGAUGCUGAUGUUAUCGGUGGGCGGGGAGCCCUAACUGAUCCAAAUGACGUAUGCAUCGGUCAGAAAACCCAUUUAAAAUGUUCCAAACUGACAGUUAACUGUUUUUUUACUUUAUAUAGUGUUAUUCCGGGGGAAAAAAUUGCUGCGUCCUCCUUUAGUUCAGUAGCCUAUCAGACUUUAUCACGUAACUGCGUAUGAGUGUGAGAUAGCAACUGUGCGUACAGUGCUGGAGGCCAACGAGAGGUUGCUCUAGUUGUUCUAAUGGGCUGUUCGUACAUCUGCAUUCAGAUGCUUGUAAUGGCUUUCACAAUGUCAAAUCAUAGGCUUUAUUAGUUGAGUGACAACAGAUGUAAUUUGGGUCAUUUCGGGUCAUUGUUACCAAAUGAGCUGUAGAAAGUGGUUUUUACUCGAGUUGUGUAGCCGACCGGAAUGGAUACAACUCACAUCCAACUGUUGAUUUGGGGUUUUCAAUCAUUCACAUUUCAUUUAAUUGUUCAGGUUCACUAUAAGAAAUAGUUUUGGUAGUUUUGCUUUAAACAGUCAUUGUAUUUGGUAAUUUCAACAGGAACAGGGUAUGUUCAUUAAGGACAGCAAUCAUUUUUGCCAGCUGCGCAUGGUUGCGUUGAUUCAUUGGUCGGAAUGGAGAAGCUCUUCAUAAAACUCCAAACGGUCUAAACCAUUCCCUUUUGAGACGGGGUAAAAUACAAAGCUGCAUUAUAUAAAUUGGCUAAAUGCCAUGCUAAUUUCUAAAGAUAAAUAUUGACAUAGUACUAGCUGGAAACAUGUUUAAUCUGCAAAAAUGACAAGUUAAUCAGUGGGCGAUGGUGAUGUCAGAUAAAAGUGAUGGGAGAAAAAGCAUAAAUUUCUCCACUCCUAAUCUGAUAGUGGGGUGGUAGAUGCCCAGUCAGCUCAGGUGCCUAUGCACCAUUGACACACACACACACUGAGGGCCACUCAGCUUAGAGAAGUCAUCUCAGACAGAUCCAGCACAGAGAGGCCCAGCUUCUGAGCUCCCAUCAGCAGCAGUUAUUAAUUAAAAAUGGAAAAUGAAUGUGUUCAAUGCAACAACAAAGAAGUGCAUUGAACCGAAUUGCAUCAAUUAGUUUCCCUAAUCAAACCAAAUUGCACCGACUCGUUUCAAAUUAAAAUGUAUCGUUCCUGUAUUGUACCAAUGUGCCCAAAUGCGUAUGAAAUCGCCCCGCGCAAAUGGACGCAAGUGCACGCGUGCACACACACACACUGCGUGACUUUGCUGGCCCACGCUGAAGAACAGACAGGAGAGUGACAUUACAAUAUGACAUGUCAACCCACCUGAGAGCCUGACCUCUAUGUACACACAGCCCUGAAUGUAUUGGACCAUCCUGCCUAGCAACCAUUCAUGGAGAUGAGUUUUUUUUUUUACAUGGCUGGCGUAAUGCAGUGAGACAGCCAUAGAAAUAGAUAGAGAACUCAUUUUUGUACCUGUGCCAUUAAAAUGGUGGAAGCCCUCAAUGCCGAUGGCCAUGCUAAAACAGGUUAUAUCCAUGUAUCUAUCUCUAUGGACGCAACCCAUUCUAAUUUAUGAGCCUGUAUAAAUAAGUUAUUCAAAAUGUCUGUUUUUCUGCAAAAGGUUGAGCCUCUUGUGAAGCAAGCAGACUGUAGGCCCCUUCAUACUGUACAUUGGUAUAUUAUUUUUCGUUGCUAUAUUUAUU